AUGGCGGGCGGCGGCGAUCUCCAGGGCGCGAAGAAGCGCAAGCGCGAGCACGCGGAAGGGAAGGCCAAGCCUCGGCCGCAUGUUAAGGGAGGCGGGGACGGAGCGAAGCGGAAGAAGCACUCGGCCGCCGGCGGCUACGCGGCCGAUGGCGGGGCCGGAGAGGCUGUGGCGAGGAAGAAGACCCCGGUUACCCCCAAGGAGAAGCGCCUCGCGGCCAAGGAAAUGUCGGAGGCCAGGAAGAUGAAGAGGAAGCGGCAUUACAGCCUUGAGAAGGAACUAACGAAACUGUGGGAAAAGAUGAGAUGCCACGAUGUGAGCAAAGAGGAGAGGUCCAAGGUAGUAAGCGAGGCUAUCAAGAAAAUGGAUGGAAAAUAUUUGGAUAUCGCCACAUCACAUAUUACUGCACGUGUUCUUCAAACAUGUGUAAAGUGGUGCUCACAGUCAGAGAGGGAUGCUAUUUUUGAUGUUCUACAUCCACAUUUGCUCGAUCUUUCUCGCAAGAAAUAUGCGGUUUUCCUUGUAAAGAAGCUUGUAGAACUCGCCUCUAAAAAACAGUUUGCCAGUUUCAUCUCUUCUCUUCAUGGUCGUGUUGCCAAACUUCUUCAUCAUACUAUAGGAGCUGCAGUCGUUGAUUAUGCAUUUCAGCGGGGAACAAAACGUCAGAAAAGACAGUUGUUACUGGAACUGUACUCCACUGAACUUCAGCUUUUCCAGGAUCUGACUUUGCAAAGUUCCUGCUGUUUGAUAGAUACAAUUUCCAAGCUUGGGUUGCAGAUAUCAUCUGUCCUGCAGUACAUGACUAUUGUGAUUCAUAAAAUCCUGGAGAAAGGUACUGUUGAGUAUUCAAUAGUGCACACGGCCAUAUUGGAGUACUUUACAAUUGCAGAUAAGACCUCAGCCUCGGACGUUAUUUGUCAACUUAUCCCCCUUCUUACUCAAGGAGCAUUAAUCAUAGAUGGAGAUGAACCAUCAAAUGCUCCGGAGCUACCAAAGAAAACAAAAGCUAAGAAGAAAAGGUCGAAAGAGCCACUUAUCGUUAGGAUCAUGCAGACAAGGGAAGGAUUAAAACUAGGAAUUAGUUGCCUCAAGCAUGGCAGUGCAAAGGACAGGAAGAAGAUCAUUAAAAGUUUGAAGGGGCACAUUAUGAAGCUUGCUCUAAGUGAUUUUGGAUGUCUUUUCCUUAUCUGCAUUAUUUCCAUUGUUGAUGACACAAAGCUUGUUUCUAAGAUUGUCAUUCAAGAGCUGGCAAAACAUAUAAAGCAACUCAUUUUUGACAAGAAUGGGAGACGACCAUUGCUGCAACUACUUCACCCUCUUUGCUCACGCUAUCUUUCUCCGGAUGAUCUGGCUUGUCUGAACUACAAUGUACCUUCUCUUAGUCCAACAGAGGGUGACACAUCAGAAAAUGAAGUAGAUGGUGUGACUGAUGAAGAUCCCAAUGGCUUAGAAGGCAUGCAAAUUGUGUCUGAGAGCAAGAAGGAUCCAUUACAAAGGCGACAUGAACUGUUGGUCAAGAGUGAGCUGGCCGAGACUCUCAUCCAAUCAUGCCUUGAAAGUGCUGGAGAAUUACUUCGAACAAAUUUUAGCAAAGAAGUAUUAUAUGAGAUCGCUGUUGGUGGUAAAGACAAUGUUUUGGAGGGCCUCACUGACAAGAUCCACAUGUUGCAUGAUGCAAUAGUGUCUGAUGCAGCCCAACCGAAGACUGAAGAUAUUGAACAUGCAUUUGAGAACUUCUUUUCCAGCCGUGUAAUCAGAAGAAUGAUAAUUGACUGUCCAGCGUUUGCAGUCAUUCUCUGGAGAAAGGCUCUUGAAGGGAAGUGCAAUAUAUGGGCUGAAGGACACAGUUCGAAGGUGGUUGCAGGUUUCCUGGAAUCGCCAAGUAAGGAGGUCAAGGAUCUUGCAAAACCUGAGCUGCAGCCACUGGUUGAUGCUGGCAUCCUUAAAGUGCCAGACCCUAAGGUUGUUCAGAAAUGA